ACGAAUUCGAUUCCAUGACAGUUUACACGUCUCUCUCUCUCUCUCUCUCUCUGCAAUUCCAUAAUUCUUCGACAUAAGUAAACCCUAACCCUAACCCUAACCUUAUGCGAAAACCAAUCAUAGUUCAAUCCAAUUCCAAGUAUACAAGCCCUAGAUUGAAUAACCCAAUUUGACUCUACACAACCCAAAAAUGUCACCUUUACCCUCGAUCACCCCCACCAAUUACACCCUCCUCGCCCCCCCGCCGUCCGACCCCGAGACCGACUUCGACGCCGCCUGGUACGGCAACAUCCAGUACCUCCUCAACAUCUCCUUCAUCGGCGCCGCCACCUGCCUCCUCAUCUUCCUCCUCGUCAAGCUCCGCCACGACCACCGCCGCCUCCCCGGCCCCAACGCCGCCCUCUCCUCCAAGCUCCUCUCCGUCUGGCACGCCUCCACCUCCCGCGACAUCGCCCGCCACUGCGGCGCCGACUCCGCCCAGUUCCUCCUCAUCGAGGGCGGCAGCUGCUGCGUCCUCUUACUCAUAUCAUUACUCUCCCUCUCCGUAAUCCUCCCCCUCAAUCUUUACGGCGGGACCGCCCAGAUUUCCGACGAAUUCACCAAAACAACUGUGAAUCACAUUACAUCAGGUUCUCCUCUACUAUGGGUACACUUCAUUUUUGUUGUUAUUGUUGUUGCUUUAGUACAUAUUGGUAUAAAAGCGAUUGAGCAACGGUUGAGGAUAACUAGGUUUAGGGACGGGUAUGGGAAUUCGGGUUAUCAUAGUGGGAAUUCGACUACAAUAUUUACGAUCAUGGUGCAUGGGGUACCGAAGACUCUAGGGUUUGAUAAGACACCUUUGGUGGAGUAUUUUCAACAUAGGUACCCGGGGAAAGUUUAUAGGGUUGUCGUGCCGAUGGAUUUGUGUGCUUUGGAUGAUUUAGUUACAGAGUUGGUAGAGGUUAGAGAGGAGAUUUCGAAAUUGGUGGCAAAGAUUGAAUCGCGGGUUUCGGUGGUGGAGAUGGGAGGUGGUGGAAAUGGAGAAGGGUUUUUUGAGGGUGUGUGGAAUAGAGUAGAAUUGAUGUGGAGGAGAGUGAGGGAGUAUUGGGAUGUGGUUGUUGGUGGACUGGGGUUUACGGAUGAUGAGAGGUUACGGAAAUUACAAGAGAGGAGAGCUGAUUUAGAGACUGAGAUGGCGGCCUACAAAGAAGGGCGAGCAAAGGGCGCUGGAGUGGCUUUCGUGGUGUUUAAGGACGUGUACACCACGAAUAAGGCUGUUCAGGAUUUCCGGAAUGAGAAAAAGAGGCGGAUUGGAAAAUUCUUUUCAGUCAUGGAGUUGCAACUACAGAGGAACCAAUGGAAAGUCGAGCGGGCUCCACUGGCGACAGAUAUAUACUGGAAUCAUUUGGGUUCCUCAAAACUCUCGCUGAAACUCCGCAGGGUGUUUGUGAAUUCUUGCCUGCUGCUGCUGCUUCUGUUUUUCAGUUCUCCUCUUGCUGUGAUUAGUGCCAUUAAGAGUGCUGGACGGAUUAUCAACGCAGAAGCAAUGGACAGUGCUCAAAUCUGGUUGGCUUGGAUGCAAAGCUCUAGCUGGCUUGCAACCAUUAUCUUUCAGUUCCUUCCCAAUGUUCUUAUAUUUGUCAGUAUGUAUAUAGUGAUCCCAUCGGCAUUGUCUUAUGUCUCAAAGUUUGAACGCCAUUUCACGGUGUCUGGGGAGCAAAGAGCUGCUCUUUUGAAGAUGGUUUGUUUCUUUCUUGUAAAUCUCAUCCUCCUAAGGGCUCUGGUUGAAUCCUCGCUAGAGAGUGCAAUUUUAAGUAUGGGUCGAUGUUAUUUGGACGGAGAAGAUUGCAAAAAGAUUGAACAGUACAUGAGUGCAUCAUUCUUGUCAAGAUCGUGCCUCUCAUCUCUUGCGUUUCUAAUCACUUGCACUUUCUUGGGUAUAUCGUUCGAUCUUUUGGCUCCAAUUCCUUGGAUAAAAAAUAAACUUCGGAAGUUCCGAAAAAAUGACAUGCUCCAAUUGGUACCAGAACAAAGUGAGGAAUACCCAUUAGGUAAUCAGGAUUCAGAAGGUCUGAGGAGACCUUUAAUUCCUGAAGGAACAUUUGACACAGAGGCUGUUAAUAAUGGGAUGUCGAAUGGCCCCUCACUCAGCGAGAUUGAUUUAUCAGGACAAGCUCUCUCUGAAUAUCCUAUCAGCAGAACCUCUCCUGUACCAAAGCAAACCUUUGAUUUCGCACAAUACUAUGCAUUCAAUCUGACUAUAUUUGCCCUCACAAUGAUGUAUUCCUCAUUUUCUCCUCUUGCGGUUCCUGUUGGCGCAGUUUAUUUCGGGUAUCGGUACGUGGUUGAUAAGUACAACUUUCUGUUUGUCUACAGAGUGAGAGGUUUUCCAGCUGGCAAUGAUGGUAGGUUGAUGGAUACGGUAUUGUGUAUCAUGCGAUUCUGUGUCGACUUAUUCCUCCUGUCGAUGCUCUUGUUCUUUUCAGUCAAAGGGGAUUCCACGAAGCUGCAAGCGAUAUUCACGCUUGGGUUGCUCGUGAUGUACAAACUUUUGCCGUCCGAUGAUGAUAGCUUUCAACCGGCUUUAUUGCAAGGAAUACAGACUGUAGACACUGUUGUUGAUGGGCCGAUAGAUUACGAGGUUUAUUCUAAACCUAGAUUUGAAUGGGAUACAAAUUAUUUUUGAUUUGUUCUUUGGCACUUCCAAAUGAGUGGACUUGUGAUUUUCAUGUAUUACUACUGUCCUUAAAAGGAUCUUGGUGAAUUUUCUGUAUAUAUAUUCACAAGUGUUUUUAUCA